AUGUCUGAAGCCUACGAACGCGAACGCCAAAACAACUCACGACUCGACGACCUCGCCGGAAAGGUAUCGGCCUUGCGUGGCAUCACCAUCGAUAUCUACGACAACGCCCGCGACCAGACUGUCAUCGACUCCUCCACAAAUGCCUUCUCCAACUUCUCGAAUAGCUUGCAGGGUAGUGCUGGAAGACUGACGAGGAUGGCACAGCAAGGAAACAAAGUUGCGAUUCUCAAGCUUGCUGGAAUCCUCAUCGCUAUAGUUCUGGUGCUCUACUGGAUCGGCGGCUGGGUCUUUGGAGGCUCCAAGGCUGCCUGA